AUGACCGGAGCACCUCGACCCUCACCCAUCGCCAACGGCACCACCGCUGCCCAAGCAUCGGCAGCUGGUAUCCCCGCCGACCACUCGUCCCCCACCGACGCCCAGAUCCACGCGAUCCGCGCCUUCAACAGGUUCUAUACGCGGCGCGCGGGCGUGCUGGACCCGUACCUCAAGUCGGACAUGAGCCUGACCGACGUGCGCGUGCUGUACGAGAUCCACCAUGGCGGCGGCCACAUCACCGCGUCGGACAUUGCCAAGACGAUAGGCCACGACAACGGGUACCUCUCGCGCAUCCUCAAGCGGUUCGACAAGAGCGGCUGGGUGAGCCGCCGCCCGAACCCCGCCGACGCGCGCCAGAGCUUCCUCGCCCUCACUGGGACGGGGGAGGAGGUGUACGCGCCGCUGCAGGCCAAGAGCCAUGCCGAGGCUGCCGCGCUCGUCGCUGAGCUCUCUGCUGCUGACCGCGUGCGGGUCAUCGAGGCGAUGGACACGAUCGAGACCUUGCUCCGUGGUGCGACGGCAUCGGCGGAAGCCGAAACCGAAACCGACACCACCCCAGCCCACCCCGCCCCCGCCCCCGCAACCACCCCCGCAGUCACGCUCCGUGGCCUGCAGCCCGGCGACCUCGGCUGGGUGGUGCAGCAGCACGGCGAGAUCUACGCGAAGGAGUACGACUGGGACGUGCGGUUCGAGGCGCUCGUCGCGGGCAUCGUGGAGGGGUUCGUGAAGAACUACGACGCGUCGCGCGAGCGCGUGUGGAUCGCAGAGGUGGGCGGGGAGCGCGUCGGCUCCGUCUUCCUCGUGCAGGGCAGCACCAAGGCCACGGCCAAGCUGCGCCUGCUGAUCCUCGGGCCUGGGGCCAGAGGGCUCGGGCUGGGUAGUCGGCUAGUGGACGAGGCGAUCGCGUUCGCACGCGAGGCGGGCUACGAAAAGGUCGAGCUGUGGACACAUAGCUGCCUGCUUGCGGCGCGCGCCAUCUACGCCAAGCGGGGGUUCGUCCUCACCUCGAGCGAGGUGUACGAUGGCUUUGGACAGACGGGCCUCGUGGGCGAGUUCUACGAGCUCGACCUGGGCAAGAAGUGA